AUGAAACAGCAAAGAGACUCAAUACCUGAAUUAGUUUGGAAUGGAAAUAUCAGUGUAGAAAUACACCAAAAGGAAAAUUCCCUAACCUAUUUGGCGAAUCUUCCUAGACAUUCUUAUUUCGCCCAAAUUCUCGAGGAUCUAAAACGGUUAUUUGCACCAAAGGUUGCUUUGGAAGAAUGUUGGCUAAGUUCGGGGAAAGCAUCUAUCAAAUGGCACUGGCCUGUAGGUGUGCUUUAUGAUUUACUUUCGCAGGAAGACCCAGAGUCUGCUACCUCCGUUCCUGUUUUAUGGCACCUUGUUUUUCAUGUCGGGUCCUUUCCAAGCUCCUUGGUUGUUCCCAUGGGAAGUAUGGAGACGUUUCGUACUUGUUUUUUCAAUGCACUGAAAGAGUCUGAUUACGUUCGAAAUGGAAGCUCAUCUCUUGUAAUUGCUCUCUCUAAACCAGAGACAGACACAUACUGGAAUUCGCUACUCAACCACGAUUUUUACGACUACCGGCCAAUUGCUACAAAAUUAUUUACAAGCAAAUCUAGAAUAAUCCCUUUAAAGAUUUAUCUUGGUGCAGAUGCUCCUAUUGUUCAAUCGUCUGCCUCUCUUGGCUAUACGUUGGGACAAGUUUUGCACAAGCAACUUCCCAGAUUGUUCCCUUCUGCCGUUAUGUAUUCAUUAUUAAAGCCCGUCUUACAUGGCAUAGUCCUCCCAUCAACGGUUAGCACGGACAUAAUGAACAGAGAUUUCUGUUACCCCGAUGGGUUUCUUCACAUCGUCUUGAUACCGAUUUCAACAUAA